GGAUAAGGAGGGCCGGACUCGUUUCCUUAACACCCUCAGCUCUCAGACCCUGAGCCUCACAUGGCAGCUCAGGUCAGCGAGCGGCCUGCGAGGUUCCUGCUGGUCCCCUCAUCGCCCUCCACCAUGAUCCUGUGCUUGCUCUUGGCUUUGCUCAUGCACGGUGCUGUGGAUUCACAGCCAGCCAACGUGACAGAGCCGGGGCCGAGUGAAGCCGAGGCGAACCAAACGUCCACCGAGUCCAACGCUGGCAACAACACACACGAUGAUGUCAUCCGAUAUUCAACACACCAAGAAAUUACGAGCAAUAACUUCAGCCACGCUGCUCCACCCGGCAACGAGACGUCCAGGUUGUACAACCAUGAGAAGAGUCAACCUGAAGAGCUGCAGAGCAACCAGACGUCUUUCAUCCCAGAGGACGAUGAGAAUUUUCAGAAGCAGGAGACUGAGUUUCCAUUCAGGCACUGUGAUCAGGACAUGUUGGUGAUCUACAGUCACAGCAUAUGUGGUGCUGCUUUUCACGCAGAAAUGCAGUCAAUCAGCUCAGAAAACUGGUGUGUCCUGGAAAACAUCAUCAGACCAUACAACGACAUGACGCAUUGCGUGGAGAAGGUGUCUUAUGUCAGCAGCUGCUAUUAUCCAAACCCCAACGUUCAAGAGUUCUUCCUCGACAUCCACUCGAUUUACUUCCACAACUGUUCCAGUGAGGCGCUUCUGCUGGUGGAUGCUCCUCGCAGGACGGUGAUCGCCCUCACUGUCAUCCCGGUCAGCUUCAUCCCCCUGCUGGUUUAUCUGGUGAUAUCGAAUAGCAAAGGUCAAAAGUCUUAGACCUGCACCAUCAUCACUCUUACAUGUUACACAUGAGAAUAUGCCCCACAAACUGCUGUAUGUGUGUGUGUUUUAUAAUUGUAUGCAAGUUAGCUUAGCUUAGCACAAAGAAGCAAAGGGAAACAGCCAGCCUGGCUCUGAAGCUUACAACAUCACACGCAUUUGGUGUCACAUCGUUUGUAGUCAGUCACUGUCUUUGACCCGGAGACAUCAGGAAGCACUUGAUACUCUACAGGGCCAAAAGUAUGUGGACAUCCAAACAGGUCAUUCCAAUGGGAAUUUUGUAAUCUGCUGUGAAAACAACCUCCACUUUCCUGUGAAGGUUUCCGCCAGAUUUUCCUUUUCGUCCAACAUCAGUGGAUGAUGAGGACGUCAGUCAGCUUUAGGCACAGCAGCAUCGUCGUGUUGCAACAGGACGAGGGCCGAACACAAACUGUUUGAACAGCACUAUAAAAUAUCACUGUAGGCUUCGAUUUCUCCUCACCCUCAAACGCUGAAAAUCUGAAUUUUAGCCUCACUGAAAUGUCUGCACGUUUGCGGUGAACAAAGCGUGAAAUACGUUGUGUGUGUGCCGUGAGAAUGUGAAACUGACCCAGGAUGUCGGCCGAGUACCUGCAACAGUGUAGGACAGGCAUUAAAGCUGAAAGUGUUUUAUCAUUCAGUUCAUGCUGUGUUUUUUUCUGUAUCGAUGAAAACAGGAAGCUCUGAGAAACCCUGAAAGGAAAAGGGUUUUGGAUGUGUUUUUGUCCCUCUCUUGGUGAGAUCUCUUAGUAAGCUCUUUUGAGUUGUUUCUCAAUUCGCAUGUCCUUUUUACUGCUUCAGGUUCUUUGUGUGUUUUAUUAUUUGUGCAAAUAAUUAAAAAAAUAAAUAAACUAAAGCAAACUAAGGAGGUAACGGCUGCACACAUGCAACAACAACAUUCAGCAAUUUGUGUUCCAGUGAUAAGUCAGCCUGCGAUUUAUAAGAAAAGAUGGUUACUGUGGUUCCUGGUAGCACCGACCGCAUGUGUGUGUGUGUGUGUGACGAUGAUGCAUAUUCCUGUAGUUGUGGGGACACAACGUUAAUCAUAAAUAAAUUGCUUUAAGGUUAGGCUGAGGUUAGGAUUAGGUUAUGGUAAGGUUAGGAUUAGGCAAGUAAGGAAAUUAAUGAGAGUGUAAAUACAUUUUGUUGAAGAAAGUCCUCACAGUUCCAGUCUACUGUGAUAAAGGCUGUUGUGUGAUUUUGUUGUCGGUUCGCGGUGAGUCAUAAAGGAUGUCUAAGAUAAGAAGAAUCAUUAGCACAGAGUCUCACUAACAGCAUCCCUGCUGGUGCUGUGUAUGCACCAGCAGAGCACACACACACACACACACACACAAACAAUUUGUUUCAGGUCAACACCACAGCUUCCUUCUUCACACCCACAAUGUCACACACUCAAUCCACCCUCUAGUUUCUAGUCACAAUUUUGUCUUUUUUUAUUCCAUAUGAAACUACAGAGAGCGCAGUGAUACACAGCUGCUCGUCAACAUGACAUUACGUUACAUGACGUUCAACGAUUUGUCAGCUCAACUGAAGCAACGAGCACCCGAUAACCUGUUGUGAAAGGUGGCGUAAAAGAACUCAUAACGCAUAAUAAAUGUGACAUCGAACUCGCUGAGGACGCUUCGUUAACGUGUCUGCGUGAAAAGACGGAAACAUUAGUUCAGAUGCAGUACGUGAUGUCCCUCGGACGGGAGAUGGCGGCUGUUCAAACAUGAUGUGAUAUCAGCGCUGCGGCUGUGUUUGUUUGUUUAGAGCACAGCGAUUGUGUCGCUUAUCUCGCAGCCUCUGUUGUUACCCCACGUCCUGCUGGGAGCAGCAUGUUUGACUGUAGCAGAGUCACAUCAUUUAGUGUCAUGAUGAACAGUAAUGCUGUCCCUCAUUGUUUCUCACUGUGGCACUUGAAGCAGGUCAAGUUCAGUUCAGAGUUUUAGAAAGUUGCCUUGAGUCGGCCACAUUUGGAUGUGUGCUUUUGUUUUCCAAUAAAAUACAAUCUUGACACUCUG